UGCCCCAUCAUUGGUGUCAGUCGGGGGAAUAGUGCCCCAUCAUUGGUUGGAGGAAUAGUCAGUGGGAGGAAUAGUGCCCCAUCAUUGGUAUCAGUGGGAGGAAUAGUGCCCCAUCAUUGGUGUCAGUGGGAAGGAAUAGUGCCCCAUCAUUGGUGUCAGUGGGAGGAAUAGUGCCCCAUCAUUGGUAUCAGUGGAAGGAAUAGUGCCCCAUCAUUGGUGUCAGUGGGAGGAAUAGUGCCCCAUCAUUGGUGUCAGUGGGAGGAAUAGUGCCCCAUCAUUGGUGUCAGUGGGAGGAAUAGUGCCCCAUCAUUGGUAUCAGUGGGAGGAAUAGUGCCCCAUCAUUGGUGUCAGUGGGAGGAA